AUGAAGAGACUGCUCCGCAGCCAUGGACUGCGAUCGGCCUUGCCUUUGGCUGAAACACCAAGCCUCGUACUUUCAGCGGCCCCUUCUGCCGUGCGCGUGGGACGCGAGGCCCUUCCGGUGCUUGCAAAGGCCCUUCCGGUGAGGUGGGCGUCUGUGCGCCCGAGGAUCUCACCCUUGACAUCCUUCAGUCCACACAGCACCUCCCAACCGCUGGAGCAGCGCCCGACCUGGACGGCGGCGCUUAGCUUCCGUGGCUAUGCGUCGGCGCGGAACCGCAGCCUCUACGAUGUCUUGGGCGUGCCUCCUUCGGCCACGCAGGCGGAGGUGAAGAAGGCAUAUCUGACGGAGGCCAAGAAGUGCCAUCCGGAUCUGAAUCAAUCUAAAGAUGCCAAGGAUCGUUUCCAAAAGUUGGCCGAAGCCUACGAAGUCCUGGGGAACGUGGAGCAUCGUGCGCAGUACGACUACUCGCUCCGCACGGGCAGCAGCUACAGCGGCGCGCGGCGUUCGGCGCCGCCGCCGGGUGGAGGAGAUCACAUGGAUCCGAGCGACGUCUUUCGGAUGGUCUUCGAAGAGCUGGGCGUCGAUGAGAUCUUCGAACGGCUCAAGAAGGUACAGCAGGACGGACGUGUGGGACCGGUGGGAUGGGAGGCCUCGGCAGCUGCAAGCGCUGUUCAGGUGGGUAACUUCUCACCUGCGAAAGAAUUCGUCUGGAAACACAAAGCAGUUGCAGGGGCCGUGCUGCUGCCGCUGGCGGUCAUCUUGCGCUUUCCUCAAAUCAUCGGCAUCUCGCUGCGGGUCCUGGGCUUGGCGGCGGCUUCGUUGCUGCAAAGCCCGGCCUUGCGCGAGAUGGUCAGUCGAUGGGUUUGGUUGCAGCCGGAAGCUGAGUCGAUGGGUCUGGCACACACACACACACACACGUUGACUGUUUUUGGUGCCCCAAGCAGCCAAACGGCCAAACGCACACAGGAGGAUCGACGAUGUGAGAAUGUUCACCCUGAACAACGUGUGGAAGAAAUAUCAUCUCGAUUUCUGCAGAAUAAAUAG